CCUUCACUUAGCCAUCACCACAACAAAAACACUCAAAAAAUGAAUAGCCAGACUUUCUUCCAAAACUGUUGCUGAUAAAAAAUAAUUAUCAGUUUGUACACACAACACGAGCCUUAAGAUUUGUUUAAUCAUAUUUCAUUGAUUUCUUAAAUAAAUUAAAACUGUGUUUAUUUGUGACAGUUUUGUGACAGCUCCGAUUAAACUUUGUAAAUCAUCACAACUUUCAGAAACACAUCGAAAUCAUGCUGUCUCUACGCCAGGUUUCUUUUAAAGGGCACAAUUUUGUCAAGGAGUUGAGGUUAUGUCACUCCCGAAAUGUUUCAAACAAACCCAAAACCGGAGUUGUUUUAUUAAACAUGGGUGGCCCCCAGAAAAUCGAGCAAGUCCACGAUUACUUGAACCAAAUAAUGACAGAUCGCGACAUGAUUCAACUGCCUUUUGCGCAAGACUAUUUGGGGCCUUGGAUUGCUAAACGACGGACACCAGAAGUGCAGAAAAAGUACCAAGAGAUUGGGGGCGGCUCACCUAUUUUAAAAUGGACAAAUACACAAGGGGAAUUAUUGUGUAAGAGGUUGGAUCAUGUGUCGCCCAAUUCAGCCCCUCACAAGCACUACGUGGCGUUUAGAUACGUGCCUCCAUACACUAAAGAUGCAUUUGAAGAGUUAGAAAGAGAUAAGGUUGAACAUGCUGUUAUUUUUUCGCAAUAUCCGCAGUACAGUUGUGCCACAAGUGGAUCAAGUUUUAACGCAAUUUACACACAUUUUAAAAACAAAGAUUUGCCAAAUGGUUUGAGACUUAGUGUAAUUGACAGAUGGUCCACACAUCCAUUGUUAGUCAAAUGUUUUGCUGAUUUAAUUAGGAAAGAACUUGCACAAAUUAAUAAAGAGAAGCGAAAAGGUGUUAUAAUAUUGUUUUCGGCACAUUCCUUACCUCUCAAGACUGUAAAUCGUGGCGAUUCGUAUCCAAGUGAGGUGGGGGCCACUGUUCAGUUGGUGAUGGAUGAACUGGGGUAUUGUAACCCUUAUCAGUUAGUAUGGCAAUCAAAAGUGGGGCCACUGCCAUGGUUAGGCCCUUUCACUGAUGAGGCUAUCAAGGAUUAUGUAAAGAAGGGAAAGAAAAGUUUUGUUAUUGUCCCAAUUGCUUUCGUUAAUGAACAUAUUGAAACUCUGCAUGAACUUGACAUAGAGUAUUGUAAAGAGUUAGCAGAGGAGGUUGGAGUUGAAGAAAUCAGACGAGUACCAGCACCAAAUGAUCAUCCUUUAUUUAUUGAAGCCUUGACCAGUAUUGUGCAUAACCACCUACAAAAUAAAGUUGGGGUUGGGGAGAAAUUCUUAAAUAGGUGCCCACAUUGUACCAACCCGAAUUGUUAUCACAGUAAAAAAUGGUUUUCUGAAGUGUGCAAUUAAAUAAAUUGAUGUUUUCGUA